ACUUCUCACAAGGUUCGAACUGUUCCACCUAAAAUGCAACAGAUACCAUUAAUGGAUGAAGAGGCAAUGACUUUACUUGAAGCCAUAUCAAGUGAUGAACUAGAGUCUUUGAGCCAGGAUGUUUACACUGAAGUAGCAAAUGGAGUGAUCUUGGGAUUAUGCUUUGAAGUCCACAGAGCUGUAAAACUGGGGAUUUUGUUUUUGGACGAAUCCAAAGAAGAAAGUGAGAAGAAGUUUGAAAUUGUUGAUGAAAUUGGACGCGAUGUUUUCGGUCAAGUCCCCAUUAAAAAGCAAUUUGAAUGUGUGUGUCCAAAUUGUCAGCGAAACCUAGCUGCCUCGAGAUUUGCUCCACAUUUGGAAAAAUGCAUGGGAAUGGGCAGAAACAGUUCUCGCCUUGCGAGCAAAAGGAUUGCCAACUCUGGGAAAGUAGACAGUGAUAUUGAUGACUUUGAUGAUGGUGACUGGAAUUAUGGGAAUGACAGAAAAUGUAAGUAUUAUAUGCUUUCGUCCAUAUUCAAAAAUUAAAAUAUUCAGAAUGAA